CUGAGAAAACUACAAGAAGGACAGAACAGUUUAUAAAUGUCCGUGAGUUUUCCUAUAUAAAAACAAAACAAAGAACUGCACAACACUUAGCGUGUGUGUCGUAGAAUUAGUUCCCCAAAAAAGAAAAAGCCAGUUUUUUUUUUUUUUUAAAUGGACUUAAAGUAAACCAAAUAACUGCUGACUUUUUUCUGUAUAUUAUGAAAAUGUGAACACAUUUUACGGAAAAAAAAAAAAAAAAAAAAAAAACAGAAAACACACACACACAAAAAAAAAGAAAAAAAGAAAAGAAAAAAAAAAACUUUUAUCUGUUUAAAAGAGAAUACAAGCCUGCCACCUGGAGGAGUGAUUGUAGCCUUUCAGGUAUCAAGUGCUGAUUCACUAUGAAAACUAUUAACCAAAGUCAGAAACAUGGAAUUGCAAACUAGAUUGUUAGUCUACUCUUUUAUGGGUGUAAAUCUGUGUUAUGAAUUUUUACAUUUGUAUUUUGUGAAGAGGAAAACAACAGGAUUAAUUUCUCUCAUCCAUGGUCACACACCUGCAGGUGUGUACAAACAGGUGUCAAAGUCAUUCCAUCGUGGUCACCUUCUUUUCUUCUGUUUGCUUUUAGUCAACAGUUAUGCAAUCUCCAAGUGUUUGGGUGCCAAAAAUCAUUUUUUUAAUUGUGAUUUGCACAGCUUGGUAUUUGUUUUCUAAGGGCAUAAAUCUCAGUUUGCAUUUCUAUUUUUGAUUUCUUUCUGACUCUUUUUGCUGCCUUCAGCUCAUUCUCCACCCUUUCCCUACACUCCCAUAACCCAGCACUGUUUGAAGAUUUUUAGAAAGAGAAGUGCAACCUGAACACUUUCAUACCGAUAUGCUGAAAUACAAUAGAGGACAAAGGAUUAGGAUUGUGUCUGAUAAACUGACAGCUCAUUGUCAACUGCAUAGCUUGGGAUUUCUCAGUCAUUUAGUUAAGAACCUUGAGUGGCUACCAAAAUUCAUUUGUAGUAUGAACAUAAACUGCACACUUGGCUCAGUACUGCAUCUAUAUUAAGGUUCUGUUUGAAGCAAUUUCUCUCCAAAGUCUGCUAGCCAAAGAAAUUUCUUGAGAUUCUGAUGGAAAAUGACAGGCCAAGAAGUGAUGAGGGUGUUCUGAUCAUUGUAUUACUAUGGCCUGCCUCAGCGGUAGUGCUUCAUUUCUUCUGCUUUUUUUUUUUUUUUUUUUUUUUUUUCCAUAGAAUCAUAGAAUCACUCAGGCUGGAAUAGACCUUAAAGAUCAUCGAGUCCAACCAUGAACUAACCAUACUACCUUAACUCUAACAACCCUCCGCUAAAUCAUGUCCCUGAGCACCACAUCCAAACGGUUUUUAAACACAUCCAGGGUUGGUGACUCAACCACCUCCCUGGGGAGCCUAUUCCAGUGCUUAACAACCCAUUCUGUAAAGAAGUCUUUCCUGAUAUCCAACCUGAACUUACACUGGUUCAAUCUAAGGCCAUUUCCCCUCAUCCUGUCACCUGUCAGCAGUGAGAAGAGACCAGCCCUGCUCUCACUGUAAGCGCCUUUCAGGUAUUGGAAGAGAGCAAUAAGGUGUCCCCUCAGCCUCCUUUUCCCUAGACUAAACAGCCCCAGUUCCUUCAGUCGCUCCUCAGAGGGCAUAUUCUCCAAGCCCUUCACAAGCCUUGUGGCCUUUCUUUGGACCUGUUCCAGCAUCUCCAUGUCCUUUCUGUACUGAGGUGCCUGAAACUGAGCACAGUACUUGAGGUGAGGCCUCACCAGUGCCAAGUACAGGGGCAGGAUUACUUCCCUAGUCCUGCUCACCACACCAUUCCUGAUACAAGCCAGGAUGCCAUCGGCCUUCUUGGCCUCCUAGGCACAGUGCUGGCUCAUAUUCAGCCAACUGUCCAUCAGUACACCAAGGACCCCUUCCAUCAGGCAGCUUUCCAGCCAUUCCUCCCCAGCCUGUAGGGUUACCUGGGAUUGUUGUGACCAAAAUGCAGGACACAACACUUGGCCCUAUUAAAACUCAUACAGUUUGCCUUGGACCAUUGAUCCAGUCUAUCCAGGUCCCUCUGUAGUGCCCUUCUCCCCUCUGGCAGACCAACACUCCCUCUCAGCUUGGUGUCAUCUGCAAACUUACUGAGGGUGCACUCAAUCCUCUCAUCAAGAUUGUUAAUGAAGAUGUUAAAUAGAAGUGGCCCCAGUACUGAGCUCUGGGGGACACCGCUCAUGACCGGCCACCAACUGGAUUUAAUUCCACUGACCACAAUUCUUUGAGCCCGGCCAUCCAGCAGUGUUUCACCCUGUGGAGCAUACGCCCAUCCAAACCAUGGGCAGCCAGCUUCUCCACGAGAUUGUUGUGGGGGACAGUGUCAAAGGCCUUACUGAAGUUCAGGUAGAGCACAUUGACAGCCUUACCCUCAUCCACUAGGUGGGUCACCUUGUCAUAGAAUGAAAUCAAGUUUGUCAAACAGGAUCUACCAUUCGUAAACCCAUGCUGACUGGGCCUGAUCCCCUGGUUGAUCUUUAACUGGUCCAUGAUGACUCCCAAAAUUAUUCGUUCCAUAACCUUCCCGGACACUGAGGUGAGACUGAUAGGUCUGUAGCUACCAGGAUCAUCUUUCCAGCCCUUUUUGAAGAUGGGUGUCACAUUCGCUAGUCUCCAUUCCACCAGGACAUCCUCGGUUAGCCAGGACUGCCAAAGAAUGACGGGGAGUGGCUUGGCAACCACUUCCGCCAAAUCCCUCAGCACCCUCUGACAAAAUCCAUGCAGCUCCGUGGACUUGUGAGCAUCCAGCUUUUGGAGCAGGUCCAAAACCAUCUCAUCAUGGAUCCUGAAGAGCUUAUUCUGUUCCCCAUCCCUAUCUACCAGCGCAGGGGGCUGUGUUCCCAGAGAGUAACAAGACUUACUAUUAAAGACUGAGGCAAAGAAGGCAUUAAGUACCUCAGCCUUAUCCUGAUCCUUGGUCACCAAGUUGCCCUCGGCAUCCAACAAGAGAUGGAGAUUCUCCCUAGCCCUCCUCUUGCUGUUGAUGUAUUUAUAAAAAAUAUUUAUUGUUUUCCUUUACCUUAGCAGCCAAGUUCAGUUCUAGCUGGGCUUUGGCUUUUCUAAUUUUCUCCCAGCACAGCUUCACUAUGUACUUGUAAUCAUCAUAAGUAGCUUGCCCACUCUUCCAGAGACCAUCCAUCCUAUUAUAGAUGUUUGCCCAUUGUCAGGAUAUAGGAAAACCUAUUGAAUAUCUUUUGGGAAUUGUGAGGUUGGUGACAUGCAUUAUGUUUCAGAUGAGGACCUUUCCCUUUAAAGACAAUUUGUUUCUAUGACUUCUAUUUUGAUGGGGCAGGCGUCUGCUGAAGCAUGGUGGACACUGGACAUAGGAGCAUGACAAGACUCAUGAGAGAAAAGUGUUGCAGGUUCUAGAUGGGCUACCUCCUGAUCCAUGAAGUUCACUGUGAUUUUCAUCUUGUGAUGAAUGAAUGCUGUUCCAGCCUGUGAGAUUUAGUUCAUUAUUAGGAUGGAAACUAUGUCUUGAGCAGAGCUUACCAAAACUUAGUCUUUGGUAUUUGGUCCUCACUGUAGAGGUGGUAAAGUAAAAUUCUGCUGGUGUAACUUUUGUUUGCGUUCACUGACUUCAGGGUUGUUGACUUUUGCUAGCCUACCCAGGAUGCUGAAGAAGGCUCCCAUAGUGCUGGAUUCUACAAAUAGCACAUCUCAUACAGAAUUAUGUUUUGAAGAACUCAAGGCUAUAUCCAAAAUACAGUGAAAGAAAGACUUCCAUUGAUUUAACUGAGCUUUGAAUCUAGCCCUUGCUAUUUUAUUAAUGGACUUUGCCAUGUAACGUAGAGUAUUUGUUUCAUUACUGGUGGAGUUUCAAAGCUUCUGAGACUAUCAUCUGUGCCAGAAACUGCAUCUAAAUGUGAGCACUCUCAAAGGUCAGGGUUGGAGAGCACUGAAGUAUUCAGUACUCCAGACUGAGCUCACAUCCAGUGAAGGCAUCCUAGACUUUAAGCUUCAGCAGGGUAUGUUUAAGGAUAUUUUCAGUAUUGCUUUUAUGGGAGGAGAGUGAGAUUUGUUAUUGAUUGUUUCCCAACUGUUGAUAUAUAAACAUCUUCUGAGGAAAAUAAUAAUAAGAAUAAUAAUAAUAAUUUUAAAAAACCCUCAAUAAACACAGAAAAAGUCACUUUACCCAAGCUAAGCAUGUGAAAUAGAGAGCAAACCUCACAGCAACAUCUGCCCCUCUGGGUUAUCAUUUUUCCCCUCUAUUCACAGACACCUAUUUCCAUGGAUAUAUCUAUGUUAUCUAUACCAAACAUUGCUAAACGUGUGGCCAUAAUUCAAUUUACAUAAUGAUCAGGAGACCACCCAGAAAUGAGGAGGGAAAAGCAGAUAGAAUUUGGAACUGGACACCCUACCCACAUCUCCAGUACACUGCUAAUUGUCUGGUCAUUGAUGCCAUAAACAUUUUACUUGUUCAUCCACCCUUGAGAGCAUAUGCCCUCCCCUCACAACAGUCAUCAACAGCCUGGGAACAAAAACCAUCAACCUUUUGUUGCCUAAAACCAAAAUUUCUGAUUCUCCCAGAGACUGCUCUAAAUUUUGUGAUGAAAAAAUCUCCCAAGUUAACGAAAUGGCAUACAAAUGAUACUAAAUGUUUAAAAAUAUGCCGGCAGUGGUUAUAUAAGGUCUUUUCUGUUCCAAAGUACGUAUCAGAGGGAUAUAACUAGGACAGUGAAAAUGUGAAAUAAAUAUAAAUUGCCAGCUUGGAAGAAAAAAUGAUGUUCAUCCCACAGUCUUAAAAUCAUUCAUGUGCAGAGAUUUUUUUUACAGUUUUCUAAUUUUAUAUUAUGUUUUGUAAAUUAUUUAUAAAAUGUUGUAAUGCUUCUUAUAUUAAUUUUUUUAUAAACAAAUUUUUGCUAUGAGGCAUAAAUGGUGCCUGAACAGAUUCUUAGGAAGAUAAAUUAUGUGUGUGUCAUACAUCAUUUGGGGGCCAUAAAUAUUUUGUUUUGUUUUGUUACUGGCAACAUUUCUGGUUUCCAUUUUUAACAAUUUUCAUCUAUUGAUUACAUUUGAAUACCUUUUAAUUUUGCAUGUGACUAAAAGAUAGAUUGCUACCAGCAAAUGAAACAGAAGUCUCUUCAGUCAUAUGUGAAGGUUUAAUGGUUUUCCAAUUUAUUGAUCAUUGAAUUUUUAUAUAUAUAUAUAUAUAUAUAAUUAUUAUUUGAAUAAUGGACCAAGGGUUCAAUUACCGAUCUGAUUUUGUCUUUUUAUGUUUUUUCACUAAAAAGCUGUUUUGGACAGUUGAAGAAAUCCAAUGCAUUCAAAUGGUUCCAGUUUCUUUAUGUUAUUAACAAAAAAAAAAAAAAAAGAAAAAAAAAGAAAAGAAAAAGAAGAGAGAAAAAGAACGCAAAAAGGAGCUAGGAAGGAACAAGUAGAGGCGUAUCAAAGAACUCAAGCUAUAACCAAAAAGAAAUAUGUAAAAUGCCUUUGCUCGUCUUCUCAAUGCUGGACCAAAGCUCAAUGUAUGUAGGUAUAUGCACAUUGUAUAGAUAUGGCUAAAUGUUGCUGACAAUCUCGCAAUACUAAACUGUUACUAUUUAAAAAGAAAAAAAAGAAAAAAAAAAGAAAAAAAAAGAAAUACAAAAAUAAAACUGUUCAUCAGUGUUUUACCUCAGCACUCUACUUGUACCCAGUUAUUGACCAACAUUCAAACAAGAAGAUAAGAGCGGAAAUUAAUUUCCAUGUCAAUGUUUGACUGUAAAAUCUGUUUGGAUAACAUUUUGUAAUGAGCUUUUUGUCAUGUGGUUUGCUUGUUUCCAACUUGAGAUUAUGUGGGCACAUUUGUUUAUUUAUUGUUAAAAAGUGAUAUUAUUAUUAUUACUAUUAUUAUUAUUAUUAUUAUUAUUUUUUGUCCUAUGUGCUAUAAUCUACAGAAUGGUCACCAGGGUCACUUAUGAAGCACUGCAAAGAGAUCUGUUUUUCCAUGCAUGGAGCAUGGAGUGGAAAGAUGGCAGUAUGAAAUGGACUGUGUUUUGUUGCUAAAAAAUACUAAUUAAUUCCAAAAGGAGUUGAUGUGGUGGACUUGUGACCGAGAAACCAAACUGGAUAUUUAAAAGCUCCUUACUACUCUGACUUUGAAACCAAAGCUGAUUUAUCUGCACAGGUUGCUUAACAUGAAAAAAAAUAAAUAAAUAAACUGACAAAAACUGUACUUAAUCUAGAGCAAUAUCUGUAUGGUCAGUAAAGCUGCACUUUGUGUAUUUCUUAACAGCUUCAGAUCUGUCACUUUUAAUUUGUACCAUAAAAAAUAAAGAAUUGUUUGACAUGAAAAAUAAA